ACCAAAACAAGGAAGUGGCGACACCCGGCUGGAUCGCCUCGAACCAGAGAUACAAAUGGACAUAAAAUACGCUUUUUAUUACGGUUUAAAAACAACAUACGUGGUUAAAAUGUAUUUGAUUGUGUUCGUGUUCACAGAAGACCUUUAAAAUGGUUCAGAACAUGUUUCGGACCGGGUUCCUGGUUCGGGCCACACACACCCUGCUCACCUGGGUCAUCACCCUCAUCCUGUUCCUGCACAACACCGACUUGCGGCGGUGUGAGGAGCGAGGAGAGCUGCUGCUGCCGGUCCUGUUCUUCCUCCUCGUCAUGCUGUCGGUGCUCUUGUACUUUGCCGUUUCCUUAAUGGACCCCGGCUUCGUCCUCACCGACACGGUGAAGGGUUCAAAUGAGGAAAUGGAGUCAAUGAUUCCUCAGUCGUCGACCCCUCGGCUGCGGCGCUGUGGAUACUGCCUGCUGCAGCAGCCAAUGAGAGCGAAGCACUGUCAGACGUGUAAGCGCUGCGUGCGCCGCUUCGACCACCACUGCCCGUGGAUGGAGAACUGCGUGGGCGAGAGGAACCACCGCUGGUUCAUGGUCUACCUGCUGGUGCAGCUGCUCGCUCUGCUGUGGGCGCUGCACGUCGCUCUGUCCGGCCUCUCUCCCGGCGUCUCCUGGGACUUGUGGUUCCGGGCCAACGGGUUCCUGCUGGCGGCGCUGGGCGUGGUGGGCGUGUUCUCCGCGGUGGUGCUGGUGCUGCUGGGCAGCCACGUCUACCUGGUGUCCGUCAACUGCACCACCUGGGAGUUCAUGUCGCGGCACCGCAUCUCCUACCUGAAGAACCGCGGGGACGAGCACAGCCCGUUCGACCGCGGGCCGCUCGGCAACCUGCGCGACUUCUUCUGCGCGUGCGGCGCGGUGGCGUGGGAGGCGACCUACGACCGGAGCGCGGCCAAUCACGUGUGAGCCUCCACCGGAGCGCGGCCAAUCACGUGUGAGCCUCAACCGGAGCGCGGCCAAUCACGUGUGAGCCUCCACCGGAGCGCGGCCAAUCACGUGUGAGCCUCAACCGGAGCGCGGCCAAUCACGUGUGAGCCUCCACCGGAGCGCGGCCAAUCACGUGUGAGCCUCCACCGGAGCGCGGCCAAUCACGUGUGAGCCUCCACCGGAGCGCGGCCAAUCACCUGUGAGCCUCCACCGGAGCGCGGCCAAUCACGUGUGAGCCUCCACCGGAGCGCGGCCAAUCACGUGUGAGCCUCCACCGGAGCGCGGCCAAUCACGUGUGAGCCUCCACCGGAGCGCGGCCAAUCACGUGUGAGCCUCCACCGGAGCGCCUGUUUGCAGAUAGUUUUGCACAUUUUUCAAACCUUUUUGAAGCGGAUCUUUUGUCAGCCUGUUGUUGUUGUUGUUGUUGUUUUAGUCCAUCCACCACUUUGAUCCUGAUGGACUGCAGACGUUCGUGCUCCUCAGAGGAUGCAUCCUCAUGCCUUUUUGUUUAAAAACACAAUCACUUUUGUGAUUUUUUUUUUUUUUUAUACAUAAACAAUCAACAAAGAUCUCUUCAAUACGCAAAUGUGAAACAUGUUUCAUUGACUCCGUUACAUUGACGACCCGAAUAUCAAAACCAAUAAGUAUUUCUACUUUUAUUGAAGUAAACUUCUUCCUUUCAGUAUUUGUAGAAUAUAGUUACUGAAUAUUCACUUAAAGGGACGGUUCAUGUUUUUUAAAGCAUAUUUACAAUAUUCUCUUCACCUUCUGACGAGGAGCUGAAGCCGUUUAUUUGUGAUUUCUUUACAGUCACCAGACAUCAUUUGACUUUUAGUAUUUUUGUUUGACUCAUUUCAUUUCUAUUAACUAGAGACCUUUGUUUCUGAACAUUAACAGGACCAAACCGUUGAUAUUUUAAGUCCACAAUCACAGAAAUGUAUUUAUUGAAGAAAUAAAAACAUUAUUUUCCAGCAGUUUUUGUUGAAGGAAAGAAGCAAAGAAGCACCCUUUCUCUCUCAGGUGUAAUCACCAGUUUGGUGGUUUCCUUCUGGAGAGCGGUGACCUCAUCAGAACACGGAAUGGCCUUCGGUUUAUUUUAUGGCUUUUACUGUUAAAAUUGAGAUAAUCUUAACAAGUUUUUUUUUUUUACUGCAUUUGUUCUGUUUGUAUUUAUUGACAAUAAGGGUACAUUAAAACACUGAUGAUAUGCA